UCACGACCCAUCCUCCGUUCUAGCGAUACUUUGUGACCUCCGCCGAUCACCAUAUCACAUUCCCGCGAUUGAGUCCUCUUUCGGGCUUGUAUCCCGACACACGACACCUGUUCAUAAUAAUAGUAGCACGCACGGUAUCAUCAUACCAUCGCUACUGUUUCCGGACCAUACAUUCGGAUUCCCUUGCAAGAACCAUAUUUCACAGUCAAAAUGGUUCAAACACCGCAACAACGUCGCGCCAAUGAACAGUUCGCCAAGAAGCAGGAGAAGAAGAUGGGCAAGCCGGCCGCGCCGGUAGUGGUGAAGAAAGAGAGGCCGCAGAAAUCGCCCAUCAGCGUUGGAUGGUUAUAUGUUCUUCUCUUCGUACUCUGCGGCGGUCUCAUCUUCGAAGCUGUCCGGAUAGUUUUGGGAUUCUUCUGAACAUGCCAUAUGAUGGCGAAUCAGAGGGAGAUGCCACGCAAUGAGAAGCAAGAGCAGAGCGAGAAGGCAGAUUCGUUCAGUUUCAGACAGAUCAAGAAAGAGAGCAAAUCUGCUGCGAAUCCUAAAAGAAUUUCCUGCAAGAAGCGGUUUCAUUCUGCGAAAAAGUCUUGUUACCAGCUUCCGGUUUUAUCACGUCUGCAUUUUCUUCUUCAAAUACCAUUUCUCUUCAUCUUUCUUGUUGGGAACUUCCUCCAAAUAGUCACCUCUACAUUCUCGGGGAGGGAGCAAAUGGUGAUAGGCCGAC